AUGAGUUUUUUGGUGAAGACGUUGCUGGGUGACAACGUGGUGCAUCCGGUGGCGCGCGACAGGGCCGCAUCGCCUGCUCCACAGCAAGACGAAGAGGCAGACGAGGCAAAACAGCGCGUUCCCACAAGAACGCUUAUUCUUCGCGUUCAAUCAUGCACAGUCGCUCAGGACAGGCGUGACGCACUGACGGAGUUACAGGCGUCUCCUGACCUCCCUUAUGUUAUGGCGGCCAAAGAAGUUUCUUACCUUUGCAACAUUCUGCGAAGCUUUCCUGACGACAACGAAGCUGUGGAGUCGUCUCUUGCUCUCCUUUCGGGUAUCACGGACCUAACGAGUUACCCUGUUGGUUCCGCCAAGUACACGGUCUCUGAGAAGGAGAAGCGGCGUAUUCGUGACUCCUUUCUGCAUGAAAUUGUUUCCGAGGUUCCAUUGUUUUUGAACCAUGUUAAAGCUGGGGGUUUUUGGACUCGAUUUCACGCCGUACAAAUCCUGCAGCGGCUGCAGGAGUACGACUCUUCCGCAGUGCACAAGCUGCUGCUUUCUUCACAUGGCAUCGGUGUGCUCCUGGACAUUUUGAACGACGGCAACCAUGGUGGUGCCCUUCGAAAUGAGGGAUUGGUACUCAUCACAUCCAUCACGGCAACUGAUACCGAGCUGCAGACACUGCUGGCCUUUGACAACGCUUUUGAAACGCUGUUUCAGGUCAUUAAGGAGGAAGGUGGAUUAGAUGGAGGCGUGAUUGUCUCUGAUUGUCUUACCAUUGUACAUAACAUGUUGCGAGAUAACAAGGCAACACAAAAGCUCUUCCGAGAGAUGGGAUGUGCCCGUCUGGUUUGUACCUUAUUGGAGGCGGUGCCUGAGCGUGUGCGAACCGCCAUACACCAUACUGCGUCCCUCAAGAAGCCUAAUGCUGAUGCUGGAGAGAAUGUGGAAAGUAAUUUUACUCCGCUGAGUAACAUGCAGAGCGAUGUGGUUUUUAGGGCGGUAUCCAUCCUUAGCUGUGUUUUACGUGGGGCCGAAGCCCACCAGGAGGGCUCUGCAGCCCAAGAGGUUCUUCUUCAAAGCGGUACAUUGGGCCCGUUGUCGUCCGUGGCUCUUGGAGGCGUAGUUGUUGAUGAUGCAGCGCGUGUUGAGGCCUUACGAACGUUGGCAGUUCUUCUUCAGGAUAGCAGAGUAGGCAUUGAAGAGUUCCUGCAGUUGCAAGUUGUAACUUUGAUCUGUCGCGAAUUCCCAUUUCGGGUAGAAGAAUGGUCAGCACUCCGCGCAAUUAUUCAUGUAUUGUUGGGAAUAGAGGAUAGGGUGAUGCAGUCUGCUGCUACGCACGUACUUCACGCCUUGCUAAGUGUUCCUUCCUGUGAAGGAGAGGUUGCGCAUAAUCUACUGAAAGGGUUUACUCCUUCUUUGUCCUUGUUGACACCAGCCGCCAUGGCCUCGAAGGUGUUGCCAGCUGACUGUGGUGCAGCAAUGGCCAGUGCCAUUUUUGGCUCUAUUCCAUGUGCUAGAAGUAGCCAAAAGUAUUAUUCCGCCUUGUUAUUGGAUCGUCUUCUGCAUGUGCCUGGUGUCGUUGAGAAGCUUCUGGCGAUGGAGCAACGUAUGGCGGUGGCUUCGUCACAGCUGCGACAACCUGUCAAAUCUUCAGCAACGAGUAGUGUAUUUCUUGCGUAUGCGCAGUAUGUCAUUACGUGCCUCUGUGGUCACGGUGAGAUGGAUCUCAACACCCUUAGUGCCUGUUUCAGGGUGCUGCUACGGUGGGUAAUUGGCUGCGAACAGGCGGUUCAGUUAUUCGUGGGCGAUCUAACAUACUACAAGUUACUCCUGCAGCGAGCAGGACAAGAGGAUGGCCCGGUGCAUGUUCGUUUCUGGUCUGCUGCUCUCUGUGCUGCAGUAUGCAUCGUUGUCCCGGUGGAGGCACCAGACGCAAACCAGGAGCGGUUAAGCGGUGAAGAUAGGCGGCGAAUGGGCGGAAGUGGAAGUGGUGUAGAGAGUGUUCCGUUAUCGCCUUUGCUGGAUAGGCGACAAUUGCUGGAGCUCUUCUUCAACCACCUGGGGGGUCCCGCAGUCUUUGACAGUUACCUUUUUGAUGUGAAGGCCUCCAGCCCAAUGUGGUCGGAGCCGCCAAAAAAUGCCUUUUUGCGCCCAACUCCCGCCUUGUACGACGAAAAAAUGAAAAAUACGCUACUGGGCAUCAUCAAGGAAUUCAACGACAUUUGCCCAUCGCGUGGUAGGAUACAGACCGCGCCGUUGCAGGAGAGCACACUUUCGGUGGGCCCUGCGGCGGCAACAGCCACCAUCAAUGCUCCUUUCAAUCUCGUUUUGGGUGACGUAGCCCCUUUUUCAGAGGGACUCUCACCACCCACGGCGAAUCCGAGUGCCGCGUUUGGGACAGCAGCGGGUCUGGGAACUCCGGGACAACAACAACAACAGCUACUGCAGGUGGGGGCCUCAAACAAUGCCGUGGAGGAGGUCCGAAACAGCCUGCGCAAUGCGUACGAGUCCAGGGUAAAGGAGUUGGUCGAAACGAAUGACGCGUUGCAGCGUGAACUGCAACUUGUGCGGGAGCAGUUGCAUGCAAACACUGACGCACAAGUUUUGGAGACGGAACGUGAGAGUCGGUAUCUGGAGGAGGUGACUAGUUUGCGGGAAAACAUUAGACUCUUGGAGGAGGCUCUUAGUGCCGAGGAGGAAGAACACCAGCUCCUGGCACAAUCACUGAACAUGCUGGAGGAACAGCUGCGCGAGGCCCGCGCGAAACCAACGAACACCACCGAAGUUUUGGAGCUUCGUUGUGAGCUUCAAAAAGUGAUGGAAGAGCGAGACCGCCUGCUUGUUCUCGUCGCCGAACUGGAUGGGGAGAAAACUCCUGCGAGUCAUGUGGAACUGAGAGCGAGGUGCCCGUCACCGUCGCCGCCUCCACUACCCCCACCAUCCGCCCCGUCCUCGCUCUUUUCAGCGAAGCGGGCGGGGUCAGAGGUAUACCAGCACAAUUAUUUCCAAGCGGCAGGUCCAAAUAACCUUCAAAAGUCAUCAUCGUCUUCACUACAUUCCUCUCAAGAACAUGACGAAGGGCAGCCGCCGCGGGGUCAGUUUCAGUUGGCCACAGAGCCGUUUGGGCAACCAAUAGAAACUUUAAGUGAGAUGCAUGGGCCUGUGGCAGCCGCACCAGAUACGGAGAGACAUCUGUUUUCAGAUGGUUCUUUUGAGGGGCGCGUGCAUGGAAGUGACAUGGGGGCGCGGCGGACGGAAGCAACGUCGUCCUCAGGGGUUGUACGGCCUUCUGCUCCGCUGAACUUCAAUCCCUUUGCAAAUAUGGUGACCGCUCAAAAUGAGCUUGCAGGGGACCCGUGGUAG